UCCAUGGAGUCUUUGCACGGUGGAGCAAGUAGAAGAGCUAAAAGCACUUAUCAAAGUCUUACCAUUGUGGUCUACUGGAAUCAUAAUGUCGAUAAAUUUAAGCCAAAAUUCAUUCCUUGUACUUCAAGCAACCUCCAUGGACAGGCACCUCACAAAGGAGUUUCAGAUUCCUGCAGGCUCUUAUGGAAUGUUCAACAUAAUAUCCCUUGCACUAUGGGUUAUUCUCUAUGAUCGUGCCAUUCUCCCCAUGGCAUCGAAACUCAAGGGUAAAUUGGUACGGAUCGGCGUCAAACUAAGGAUGGGGAUCGGUCAAUUUCUCACGAGCAUGGCUAUGGCGGUUUCGGCAUUCGUCGAGAACUCUAGGCGAAGAAAAGCGAUCAGGGAAGGAUUCUUAAACAAUCCUCAGGCAGUUGUGAACAUGUCUGCAUUAUGGCUUGUGCCACAGUUUGUCUUGAAUGGCUUAGCUGAGGCUUUCACUGCAAUAGGCCAGACCGAGUUCUUUUACUCCGAACUACCCAAGAGCAAGUCAAGCAUAGCCGCCGCGCUAUUUGGACUCGGAUUGGCCGUGGCAAACUUAUUAGCUAGCGUCGUCAUGAGCGUCAUCGAUGACAUUACAUCAAGAGGUGGAGAAGAGAGUUGGGUUUCAACCAAUAUAAACAAAGGUCGUAUUGACAACAGGGCCGGCUCUAGGCAGAGGCUUAUGGACCAUGUGGUGACCAACCAACCAAAGUUAGCCAUGCAGGGAAUGGUUGGAGAAAAGAAGAGGAGUUGGCUAAUCAAGGGACCAACGAUAGCCAUGCAGACUCUAAAGUGA